UGUCUUGAAACAGAUGUACGAAACCCAUCACCCGAAGCAGCAACAUUAGACACAAAACUAACAGAAACUAUUACUCCCGAACCUUUAGUUUGUGAGACAUUUUAUCAACCUGAAUCCCCUGAAUCAGUGAUAAUUGAACCUGAAGAUGAGAUUUAUGAGAAUUUGAAUGAUUUGGCAUUUUCUGACAUUGAUGAGAUCAAGGAAGAUUUACCUGUCCUCAAAAAUGAUCCUGCUUUGUUGAAUCUAGUGACAUUUGAACAAUGCAUGGAACAAAUCGAGUCUCCAAGUGAAAUAGAGGAGCUUCCGUCUGUUUCUGAAAUUAAGAUUGAGCAUUCAUUUGAUGAUGGACUACAACCAAAUGCAUCUCAUGAUAUGGCAUCUGAGCAAACACAAAAGGACACACAAAGUGUAACAAAGACAGUUACUUACUGUGAAGAACAGGACAUAUUAACAGCAACAAGUGCCUCUGCAAAUGAAGUAACUAGCAAAAUCCAUAAAAUAGAUGAAAAAGGACACAUGGAAAGUCCACAGCAACAAAAAGAUCUAGGACAUGAUUUACGAAAACUAGCCCCUAAGGAUGACAAAAAAAUGGACAGUGUCUCAGUGGAAAUUAAUUUAGUGCCUCAAGUGAAAGAUUCAAGUCUAAGAAAAGGAGAUUCACCAUCAGUUUCAAAAAGUUUAAAUUUAACAGCAUCCUUGAUGACCAGUGAAUCAUCAAAUGAGCCAUAUUUAGCCACAUGUGUCUCCAACAUACCUGAGCACAACAGAUCUCAGCCUGUCUUUGAUUUGGAGGCCCACAAAUCCAUUCAUGAUUCAUCACCUGAAGAAACUAAAGUAUUAAGUGGAUUGCAAGACGUAAAUUCUUUUCAGUUUCAUCUUAAAGACUCUCACAGAAGAGUUGAACUAAAUCGAAUUGAUUCCUCUGCAUUAAGUUUGGGUCUUGAAUCAAGUGAUUAUAAAAAUUUGCCCUCAAGAUCUCUGAAAACACCAUCAACAGGCGCUCCCAUUUUACCUGAAUUUAACUCAUUCUCUUCUGAUCAAGGGAAUUCUCCAGAGUCCCACGAAUUUCUAGGCAAGAGAAUAUCUUGUUCUACAGGCACUGUCCAGCUUUCGUCAGAUUUUAAAUGUGUAGUUUCUAAAUUUGAACAGGCAUCACCAUCUUUAGGUGGUGAUAAUCCUGAAUUAAGUUUGGUUUUUCCUGGAACUUUUACACUUGUAGCUGCUACGUCACCUUGUACUCUGGAAGUGACUCAGGAGGUGACAGGUGACCAGAUGCAGUUAGAUGCCACUGCAGUUUUAGACUCUCCACUUUACAGUCUUAAUCUUAAAGCCAGGCCAAGACCUGUUCAUGCAGAUAGCAUUGAGUCAGAGGCUGAGUUUUUUGAUUGCAGACAAACGUUUUCUGAUACAUCUGAGCCAGAGGUCGAAUCAUCAGAAAUUUUAGAUGUUCCUCAAACAAUUUACCAUGUUGAGGAACUUCCAUCUUUAUCUGUGAGCCCAGAAUAUCUUACAGGCAUUUCUAAACUUAGAGAGCAAACACAAUUGAAAAGGGAUGAGCGGCCCUUAUCCUGGGCCAGUGAGGACCUACCCAUAGUUCUUGAGCCAGAGGAUGAAUACACUAGUGAGGUUGGUGAGGAGAAGGAUUUCCCCUAUGAUUAUACAGGUGAUCAUUCAUUUGCCGAAGAGCUACCUACAAUAGAGGGAGCAGAAUAUGAUGACGAUGAUGACUCUCUAGGGAGGGUAAGCAAUUUAGCAUGAUGUUUGCGCUCAGUUUCUGAAGGUUGUCUCUCCCUGGCCUAUUCUAACAAACUUACUCAAGCCCUAAUGGAAAAUUUUAAAGCAUUUUAAUACCAGCAAACUAAUGUUUGAUGUUUUGAUUUAAAAUGAUAGACAUAGUUUAUAUGUAUGCACCCCAUUGCAUACACUAAAGUAACUUAAAGUGUUGGAUAUAAUGUGAUAUAGGACAAGCAGCAAUAUUUUUCUUGACUGCAUGUAAAAAUAACUUCCAGAGUACAGGCUUUGCAUGGUGUGACAUGAAAGUAUACGAGAUAUACAACAGUACUUAAGACAUGCAACCACAAUGCAUCUCUGCUACUCUUAGGAAAUAGCUGAAGAACUAGGUUUGCUGUCUGAUAGUUCAGAGGAGGAGGUGUUGACCACCAGGGUGGUGCGGCGCAGAGUUGUAAUUCA